AUGCGACCCCACGUUAGCGCCGUCCGGGCGCUUCGCCACCACCCCAGGAUAUCCCAGUGCCGCUCAUUGUCAUCUACAGCGUCGAGGAGAGCAGAUUUUACACAUGCGAUUAUAGGUGCUGGAGCGGUCGGACUUGCGAUCGCCCGACGCUUACAGCAGGUAGAUGGGGCUCAGGUUCUGCUCAUCGAGAAACAUGGCAUGGUUGGUACAGAGACAAGUAGCCGUAACAGUGAGGUCAUCCACGCAGGACUGUACUACGGUCAUGAUUCUCUCAAGACCAAGCUCUGCCUUCAAGGCAAACAGAUGAUGUACGAAUACUGUGAGCGUACAGGUGUACCUUAUAUGAACUGCGGCAAAUGGAUUGUCGCUCAGAACGACCUCCAGAUGGAGGAACUUCAUAAAGUGCAUGAUUUCGCAAAGUCCAUUGGCGUUCCGAUCCAUUUUGUACCCAAAGAUGAAGCUAAGCGACGUGAGCCUGACGUCCGAGCGGAGGCAGGCGUGCUCGAAUCGCCUAGUACGGGCAUUGUAGAUUCGCAUGGGUUUAUGCGACAGCUGCAUGCCGACUUCGAAGAUUUGGGAGGGAUGACAGCAUUAGCGAGUCCGGUCAGCAAGAUCCAGCCGCCUACACAUGGUCAGCGACAGUGGAAGAUCUGGACUGCACCUCCCCGAGCCAGCGAGCCGCAAGCAUCAUCACCGAGUGCUGCGACGCCCGAGCAGGAAGGUGCAGGUGAUGACGAGGCUUCAAUCACCGCAGAGACAUUGAUCAACUCUGCCGGCUUGUAUGCUUGUGGGAUCAACAAUAUGGUCUUGCCGCGUGAUCGGCAUCGAACGCCUUUCUAUGCCAAGGGAACGUACUUUUCGUACUCGAAAUCCCAUCCCAAGCCGAGAACCCUCGUAUAUCCGGCUCCUGUGCCCGGCCAUGGCGGACUAGGUACGCACUUGACGCUCGACAUGGCAGGCCGUGUCCGUUUUGGCCCAGAUGUGGAAUGGGUGGACUCACCGAACGACCUGGCGCCCACUGGCAAUAGUGCGCGUUUCGCAGCCGCAUUGGAAGACAUCAAGUCUUACUUGCCGGGCAUCGACACCGAGUCGAUCGCAUUGGACUAUGCGGGCAUUCGACCAAAACUCGGUAAGCUUGGUGCUGUUGCAAGCGGAAAAGGCUUCCAAGACUUCUACAUUAAGAUGGAGGAAGGCUACGAUGGGUUUGUGAAUCUAUUGGGUAUUGAAAGUCCUGGCUUAACAAGCAGCUUGGCGAUUGCAGAAGAGGUUCAUGGUUUGCUAUAUAAGUGA